AGGACGAUGGAAUGGAGCCAAUCGCUCUGCUUAGUUAAGGGAACACAAUCCGCGGAAAAGGAUGUGGAUCUCGGACAUUCUCGAGUGUUGAUGAUCGAUUGAUCAUUCUGUCGUCAAAGUGGGAUCAAUGUGGAACGUCAACAUUUUCUCCUGGAACAACCUGUUGUUUCUCCUCUUCUCUGUUUUGAGCCAUGGUCUACCCAUUCUCAAACAGGGUGGGAACAGACAACUCAACUCAGAAUCUGAACACCAAUCUGAUGGACCAAUUGAGUACGACCCACCUUGCAUUUUGCCCCAUCUUUUGACACGCCCAUCGCACACCUUCCAAGACCAGCCUGGCAAUGACAAUAGAAUGGAAUUUCAGCCAGAGGAGUUCAACAAUAUAUUGGACGAAGACCUGGACGAAAUGAUCACAUUUCCGGAACGAUGCACCACCAUGAUUUGCAAGGCCAUGUUUCUGAUUCGAUUCAUGGAGGAUAGACCACAACAGAUCAACAUCGCCAAAAUGAGCGAUUCUUUCGUUGGAAACCCUCGAAAAUACGAAAUGAAGCUAUUCGCCAAGGCCCUCCGAAUGGCCAAAGGCAUCCAGGAGCCUAGUCAUCAUCCAAGUGGAAGCAAGAGCGCCAAGGCCAUUCCAAAUGGAGCCUAUUUCUAUUCGCCUUCAUCCAAAACGUGGGAAAAGAUCCGAAUUUAAAUCAUGACCAUUCGUAGUUCCGAGCCCUUUGAUUUACUUGUCAAGUGAUCGUGGGUCUCUGAACCCAAGCCUUUUACCAAAAGAGUUUGUGCAUGAAAUGGUAAAUCUUCAUUCCGAGAUGAACUCUUUUUAGAAGGUUUGGGGUAGAUAGGAUUCUCAAUUCUAGUGUUUAAAAGUUGUCCCAUUGUGGAUCAAUGAUUGAAGCAGUUCGUUUUCGGAUGAAGAUGUUCGAUUCUCUUCGGACUUUGUUACAUUUGCCCUUUGUUUGGAGAUAAGCCAUGUAAAAUUUUCUUAAUCUUGUUAAACAGUUACCAUCAACUUGAAAAAGCCGAGUAAGUAUGCUCUUGUAUGAAUAUGAUACGCAAUAAAAUAGUUCAACACAUCUUGA